CGAGAAGAGUGAAUCUUCACACUUGUGACUCCUUUCAACAGAUCAUCUGGCAUCUCCACUUUUUCCAUAUUACAAACUGGAUUUCAGAUAUCAACAAUGGUUUUCUCAAGCAAAGCGUUGCAUCUUUUGGCAGUAGCAUCGACGGCGAAUGCAUUCGUUUUAAAAAAACACGGGCUUGCGGCGGUAGAGCGAAGAGCCUUGCCGGCGUCGUCUGUUGCUCCGUUGGCCGCGAGUUCCUAUGUAGACGAUGAAAAAGAGGAGGACAAAGCUGAUUCACCGAUGAGUGCUCCCGCUUAUGACUACCUCGAAGAUUCCUCAGUGAAAGAGCCCGAGUCAUACCUGGACGACAUGGCGAGCAGCUCAGACAGGGGCGUCAGCAGCAAAAGCGACGAYGAAAAAAGCACGGAAUCUCGCUCUAGUGGAUACCUCAAUGACAUGGCAGCAGAAGACGUGAGUACAAACACUUCUGAACCAGAAGAUGAGCCGGAAGAUGUCGACACUAAGGGAGAAAGUGACAACACUUCAUUGGUAGARGCCAACGAGAAAAACCUGGCCGCUCUGCUGAGAAUCGCGGCAUCGACCGGAAGGGGAGAAUUCGCCGACUCCGAUCAAAAGGAGAGAGCAGCAGAGCUCAUUGCUUCCUUGGAGUCAAACAAUCCUACCCCAGAGCCAACCAAUAGUCCCAUGAUCAACGGUCGUUGGGAACUCGUCUACUCAUCUACACAGCUCUUCCGCAGCUCCCCGUUUUUCAUGGCUGGUCGUGCUGUCUGUAGCACGCAAGACCAAGCCGAUCAAUAUGACUGGUUUUGUGACAUGCACCGAAAGGCCUUGGCUAUCAGCAACAUUGGAACGGUGCGACAAGUCAUCUCCCCGACCCUCAUGAUCUCUGAGUUCGAGGUCAAAGUUGGAGCCGUUCCUUUUCUCAACGAUUUCACCCCGUUUUCCUAUUCGGGGGGCCUUCCGUUCACGAUCGAUGGCUCGAUCGUCAGCCAGGCAGAUAUCACGCCUACUGACGACGGAAAMGCAUGGGAGCUGUUGAUGGACACGGUGCAAAUCAAGGGAUCCAAUAUUCCAGGACUGCGAACUAUUCUGGACAAUGGUCUGCAGCUACAAAGCCGAGGACUCGGCUCCUUCUUAGAGAGUAAUUUGGAUGGAUACACGAAUCCGAGACCCAUAUUUGAAACCACCUUUUUAUCGGACACAAUUCGUAUCAGUCGGGAACAGGAUGGAAAGGUUUUUGUUUAUGCGAAGGAGUCGGAAGAGCUAGACCCCACUGAUUAUAGCGACGUUGAGGCYGAUCUUGGCACACUCAACCUCUUGGGAGGCUUCAAUGACGCGAUUACAAAGUUCUACAUUUAAUCAGGACGAUAAAUGAGAACGAAAGCACGUGCGCCUUGCUUUAAAUUUCACAAACUAAAGGAGAUUGCUCCUUUCUCAAAAACAUAUAGAACAUGCAAUUUACACCUCAUUCAAUCAGUGUGGAUUUUUUAAUUCAGUCUWCGAUACUUUCAAUUAAAGCAGAAUGACUGC